AUGUUCACCAAACCACUUAAACCUAAAAGAGGUCGCGAAAGAGAUCCUGCUCGACCCUUCCAUUCCAUACCUACUGCAGGCUCAACAAAAGCGAGAGACUACAGCGACGAGGCUGGAGACUCUGAUCACGAGGUUCAAGAGUUUGGCGGGGACGAGGCUGGCGGGGACGAGACUGAGGGCUCGGGUGACGGUCAGGGUCCAAAACUUCGCACUGAUGAGGAUGCAUCCCAGAUAGACAGUGCAGAGUACGAAACGUCCAGCCCGGGUUCAUCUAGUCCCGGUUCUGAAUCUGCAUUUUCAGGUGUUCGUCGACCCUUGUAUCUUCGGGGCAACGAGCAAUCCGAUCAGAAAGAAAAACUAGAAGCAGAAGCAGAAGCGGAAGAGAAGCUCUUCAAUGUCCUAAAGAAAUUGACCAUAUCACGAGAUCAAACAGAAUCUAGCAACUUCGCGACACAGAAACUUUUGGCGAUCGCUGCGAACCUGGAAAUUUUUACGGAAAAAGUACCCUUCGAAUCAUUGCCACCACCAUCUCCCUCUCAAGGCAAUCACGCUCUUCAAGACUAUCAAAUGCAGCUUAUGCUUUUGGAGCAGCAGAACAAAAAGCGACAGCUCAUGGCGCAACAAGAACAAGACAAGACGCCAUCUGGCAUCCCUAACCAAUCAUUUCCUGGAAGCUCCCGUCUCGGCAAAGCCCCCGAAUCCAGCUCUCCAUACUUCAUGCCUCUCGACAUGCAACAGCCACCCUUGCUUACCAUCCGAAACCCACCCAUCGCUCAGUCAAUGGAAGCAUCGACACAAAUCCACGCCAAUGCCGGUGAGUCAGAGCUUGUCAGCCGGCUGUUGAAACGGAUCGAUGAUUUGGAGAGGAGCAUUAAAGGAUCGGAACAUCCACUGGGGCAGGGUAUCAGUCCUCCACGCUUCCAGGUGCUUCAUAUAUUGGAUGAUGUAAAUGGCAGCGUUUGUCUUCAAGAGCCGACUUGGGCUCUGGGAAAGGGGGGAGGACUGCAGCUGAGAGCGGAGUCGCCACUAGCUGACUUGAAAACCCAUCUACGAAAGAACGACGACAUCUCUUUCUUGGUGUACAAGUCAUACGCAACACCUAGAGUCAGCGCUAUUGAUUUGGCCGAGGGACUUGAAACAGGCGUACUCCCUGCCCCACAACCGUCGAAUGAGACCAUCACGAUCAUGUCCGAAGAGCUUCGCGUGGCUUUGCAGAUAUUUCUCAAAUCCGCGUGCACGCUUGAUGAGGAACAGCUACCUUCGGUCUUGGAUAAUUUACAGGCUCCCUACCUGUUCUGGUACCGUGGCAAAUCAAAGGGACAGACUGUGUCAAAUCAGCUUCCCAAGCACCAAGCGCAUUUGAAGCUACUUUUCGAUUGGAUUGAACGCAAUUACGCCACCAAGUUUGACCAGUUCGAAGAGAUGAAAUCUCGCGAUGUUGUUGUUGACCAAAAUGGCAACAAGACUCAGGCCUAUCGAUUGCGAGACAUGCCGACGUUACAAAGGGUCUACGGACGUACCCAUGAUUCGCAUCAAUUUGAGAAAUCGUCGCGUGUAGGAUCAAGGGCUGAUGAAAGGAACAAGGCCAACGAAGCAUGGGCUUGGGAGAUGUCAUGUUCGACUAUCGUUUACGAUGGCCAGUUCUAUCGUCAAAAUGAGAAGCUCACACUUAAAUUGGUCGCCGACAGUCACGAUCAAGAAGUCGACAUUGCUCAGUUGAGCGUAAUCCCCUUGCCAUUCGUCAGUAAGAAUUUACAGAACCAACUCUUGCAGAGAGGCCGUACAUUCUGGUCAUGUCGUGUCAAACGCCCGAUCUCUUAUGAGGGUGGGGAUGAAGACACGUCGCAUACGUACGGCGAGCGAUACGUAAUUGACAACAAAACCUUCAAGAAGCUCCACGACAAUGAUCAGAAAUCGAAACGAAACCAAGGCCCCGUGUUCAUGAGUGGUAGCAAAGACAGAACGUCAUUGUUCGUGAAAAGAAUGGACGACGAUGAUCCUCCUCAAGCGCCCGACAUAUAUCUGUUUCCGCCAACUAUACCUGGCUUCUCCCUGCGCCGCAAAGUGUGGAUCGAUCUGGUGGUCGACAAGAUAGUCGACAUCUCAUGGAACAAAGAGGCCUUCAACCAUCUAGUCGCUGACGACAAGACGAAAGAGCUUGUCCACGCUCUAGUAGCCGACCGAAUCUCUAGCGAAAGAAACACCGACAUCAUCCAGGGGAAAGGCAAUGGACUCAUCAUUCUUCUUCACGGAGGCCCUGGCACCGGCAAGACUUUUACCGCAGAGAGUGUCGCCGAGCUGGCUGAGAAACCGUUGUAUCCUGUCACAUGUGGUGACAUUGGUACCGAGCCAGAACAAGUCGAGGAAUACCUCGAAUCGGUGCUCCUCGAUGAAGCUGACGUGUUCCUUGAGGAGCGAGGGAUAGCUGAUCUAGCACGCAAUGCCCUAGUUUCCGUCUUCCUCCGUGUGCUGGAGUACUACGACGGCAUUCUUAUCCUCACAUCCAAUCGCGUCGGCACAUUUGACGAAGCCUUCAAAUCCAGGAUCUCACUUGCCCUGCAUUACCCCAACUUGGGCAAGUCGCAACGAUGCCGUAUCUGGAAGAACUUCCUGAACCGCCUCAAAGCGCUGAAAGAGCCGGGUAUCGACUUUGAUGACAUCGAGUGCAAUGUAUUGGAAUUGGCGGACGAGGAGCUCAAUGGUCGACAGAUUCGCAACGCGAUUACGAUCGGAAGGCAGCUCGCAAAGUUUCAAAAGAAGGAGUUGUCGUAUGCGCAUCUGAAGCAUGUUGUUGAGGUAGCCGGUCAGUUUGAAACGUAUGUCAAAGAGACGAAGGAGAAUUUCUCGGAUGAGCAGAUCGCUCGGCUUCAUGGACGCCGGUAG